UGCGUGGAGCGGCUAGUCGCAAGCUGAACGGCGCGCACUACGGUCAUCUAUAGCUGGGGUUUAACCUGGCAGUUGACUAUAUCCAUAUAACCAAUUAGGUUUUGGAUGUCUAGUGCUCAAAAUGUUUUGUUACAAAAGUUUAUUUUUGGGUGUUGUGAUUGUGGCGGUGGAAGCGAUUUCAUUCAACAAACUUGAAAACCCCAAAUGCGGCGUGGAGGCGAGCUCGAAUCUCGUACAUCAGAAUCCAUGGUUGGGUUACUUGGAGUACUAUCGUCAUGGCAAUAUCGUUGAAGUUCGGUGCGGAGCUACACUCAUCGGGCCUAGACACGUUGUCACAGCCGCCCAUUGCGUCAAGAAGAUCCGAUUUUCAAGUAUCGCUGUUCGCUUGGGAGAAUACGAUCUGGAAAGUAAUCCCGAUUGCGUGAGAGAUAUUUGUACCGACCCCGUAGUCCGGAUCGAGGUGGAUGAUAUCUUCGUCCAUCCAGACUACGACGGGAAGGAGCACGAUAUAGCCGUUCUGCGGUUGAAAGAAGAUGCUCCUUAUACAGAUUUCAUCCGCCCAAUUUGCCUACCAUCUGGAUACCUGGAGGACAACGUUAUUUUUUCCGCAGCUGGAUUUGGGGAGAUUCCCCUGUCAGGCAUGUACACUAAAGUAAAGAAAAUAAUUCCUCUGCCCAACUGGGACGUUGCGGAAUGCAGGGCAGCAUACCAAGAUAUUGUAUUACCCCAAAAAAUCAUUUGCGCUGGUGGUAAAUUAGGUGAAGAUACCUGCAGAGGAGAUUCUGGCGGUCCCCUGGUUUGGUUCCGAGAAACUGCUCAGUUAUGGGGAGUUACAAGCUUGGGGAACGUCCACUGCGGAACUAAAGGAUAUCCAGGGGUCUAUACAAGUGUCCUGGAUUAUUUAGAGUGGAUCGAGACUACCGUUAUGAUUUAAGAUAGAUUUGGAUAUGGUUAAUGGUUUCUAACAAUGAAUUUAGGCGAGAUAGAAUAUAAUUGUAAAUAUUAAAUCAAAGGAAACAAUCAAUUUUAUAUUAAAUUAAUGUUUUAAUGAGAACCAUAUUAGCAAUAUUCCAGUUUAACUGUUGUAUGAUAAUUCUAUAAAAGGGUUAUAUAUGCUUGAAUAUUAUGAUUAUUACAAAGCAACUUGGGCUUAAUAUCUUUUAAAAUUUAGAUGAUCCUUUUGUAUUUAGUAAUUCUAUCAAUAAACAUUCUGAUUUAUUAAUUUAUUAGUAUUAUAUUUUUUAUGUGUAUAUUUGAUAUGUCAUUCAGCUGAUUAUUAUAUUAGUAAGUAUAAUGAUAUUUUACAAUAAGAUUUAUAUCAAAAAUAAUAAAAAACAACCAAAUAAACACAGUCGUAGAUAUAAUUGUAACGUCGAAGUAAGAACGAAAGAGAGUAACGAGAUUUUACUGAAAAGAUUUAUACAUAAGUAAUUUCUUGCAACUCAGAGAUGCGAAAAUUAUAGAUUUUCAUUUAUAUAUUUUUGCAUUAGUACAAAAAUAUAUACGGAACUAAGAAUUGCAAUAGAAUUAACAAGUGAAUUUUGUUGGCCGAUAUUUGUAUUAAGUAAUUGUAAAGAAAGUAAUGAACACAUUAAAUAAUAUACCUAAUUAUAUUAGCUCACUACCCUGGCAUAGUGCAACAGACUUAUUUGUAAAUAAUUUACAUAUAAAAUUUAGGUAUGUAGUUUCUAACUUUAUUUUCCUUCACAGCUAAGUAGCUGUGAAGGAAAAUAAAGUAAUCUCGUUGUCGAGAUUAUAUAAUUUUUCUCUAUUUCUCUGACAUGCGAGAUUUUCUUAUAUUAAUCGUGUCAUAACCAGUUUGCUCUGUUUCGACUGCAUUCGGCGCUAUCUAUUAGUGUCUAAUUAUAUUCUCAGAGAUAUUCAAUUUAAUCAUAAUUUAUUCAACUAUAACACUAU